AUGGCUGAGGACAUAGGAGUGUGGAGAGAAGAGUUCCAGACACUCAUUCAGGAGGUGAAGCCAUGGCACACUUGGACUCUGACGUUGGACAAGGAGCUUCUUCCCAGUACCCGGCAGCCGGAGUGGGUGCAGUACAAGCAGUGGUCUUUCGCCAGGUUCCAAUGCUCCUCUUGCUCUCGUCACUGGGCCUCCGCCCAAGUCCAAGUCCUCUUCCACAUGCACUGGAGCAAGGGGACGUCCCAGGGCCAGGUGAAGAUGAGGCUUUUCGGCCAGAGGUGUCAGAAGUGCUCCCAGUCUGCCUUUGAGGUCCCAGAGUUCACACAAGAGAACAUCUCAAGGAUCCUAAACAAUCUGGUGCUCCACAUUCUGAAGAGAUGCUACAGAGAAGGAUUUAAGUCCAUGGAAGUAAUUCCUGCCAUCAAGGACAUCCCUCUCGAAGGGCCCCAUGACAGUGGCAACUGUGAGGCAUGUCAUCAGGGGUUUUGUGCUCAGAGAAAGCUCGACCCAGGCCAGCAGGCACCUGUGCCUUCUCUACAGUCUGCACCACAGCCUGUCCCCCCAAAGAAUGUCAAGAAGUCCAAGACCACUGCGAAAGCCGGCAACCUGUCCUGCUCACACGCACCUGCCAAGACGGACAAGCUCCUUAAGAGCUGUCCCUGCUCCCGGAACCAGCCACAUGUCAAGAUCAUCAACUCCUCCAAGAAACUCAAGCCUUCAGGUGCCAGCAAAAAAUUCACUUCUUCCUCAGGCUGUCACUCAAGUGUAUGUUCCUACAAACAGAAGCAUCUUAGUGGGAGCUGGACUGAAGGAAAGUAG